CAAACACUACAAGCUAGUGCUAUAGUAGUUUAUAGUAGCUUAGUUCAGUGUACUCAUCUUAUAUAAGGCCAACUUAGCAGCGCAACCCUUAUUGUUGCGCUCCCACAAUAUCGUAAUUUUCGGGACUGAUUGUUUUACACUCCACCAAAAAAAAAGGACUCUGCUUGAUCGAUAGCACAUUUCGUUUGUAAGUGGUGCAAUAGUAAGUGUGAGAAAUCAACCUUGAUCGAGUCUGGAAUUUUUUUUUACAAGGGGCACGUGAACUGCUGUGCGAUAGCUACCAGUAAAACGUGGCGCAUAUAUUCACGGUGUAUAUUACAGUCGUGUGGGACUUUAGGCGGGUACAUAAACUAUUCAUUGCGAGCGUAUAACCAUUUGUCCAGAAGAAAUUCUAACAACAGAGGAAGGAUGGAGGGCUACCAAAAAGGCGGCUACGAACCUAUAGCAUAUCAUGGCUCUGCAAUAUCCUCGCUGCAAGGUAUGGAUGGCGAUAAAAAAAACGGACAUGGGCAGGGACAGGGACAGGGAUCUUACAACCCAGGUGACGGUGGCGGUGAUUGCCAACAACAACGCCGCCACCAGGCACCUCCGCAUUAUCAGCAAUACCCGAACCAACUUGACCGCGAACACUACAAUAAUGAUAGUUACGACAGUCAGCAGAAAUAUGCUACACGUGAGAGUCAACAUUACAAUAGUCGUAGUGUGAAUGUGGACCAACAGCAGGGGCACUCGAGGGAUAUAGUUCACAAUGAUCGCAACAACGAUGCGAAUAUGAAUUACUAUAGAUCCCAGUCACGGGAUUACGGUAACCAGAGCAACGGCCACCACCCCCCUGCGUAUUACUCACAAUCUGCCCCGACGGCUUUUUCUGCGAGGAGGGACAACAAUCAACAUGUCUCUCCACACCACACCACACACCCGGACCAACAGUACAGAAACCCUCAGAAUGACGGAGGUGUGUAUUACCGCAGAUCCGAACCCGUGAUCACAGAGGCUAUGCGGCCAAAGAAUAUGGUGCAGCAAAUGACCUCUGCGAACAUGCAGGCAGGUCAUGGGUCUACGGGACUCACGCCUGUGUUGGGGACAGUGUCGUUGAAUUUUAACCGCAACGAUCGGAAUCAGCCGUAUCCCAGUCACAUGAGAAAUCAACAACAGCACCACGGGGGCGUUUGGGGUGGUGAUGGUGGUGGUGGACAGAUGUCAAGGCCGGGUAUGAGAGGCGACAUGAACAACAAUAACAAAAGUAACAAUACAAAUUCAAUGCAAGUUGGUGCAAAGAAGACCUCAAAAUCAACCCGUGUUAGACGGCGUAGAGCCGAUUUGGAACGUUCAUUUCCCUGUGGACACGAGGGGUGCUCUAGAUUGUAUGCGUCGAACCACGCGAGACACUUACAUUACCGUCUGAAACAUGAUAACGAAGCACCGCUGUCAGUCGUGAACGCGCAGCAAGCCGCGGAAGACAACAAAUCGUCAGGGGACAAGAACACACCCGCAUAUAAUCCUGUAAGUGAUGUCCGUAGCUUUUCCCCUGGCGUCCCGUACGGGCAGCAAGGUGCACAGGCAAAACACUAUCCAGACAGUGCGCCUGCAGAGCAGAGUCGCAGUAUGUGGCAUCAGCCUGUGUCCGCUAAACUGGGUGCAUCGGAUGAGCCGCGUGCGCAAUCGCUUGGUUCGAGCCACUCGGCCCAGGACCAGCGCAACGACAACUACAUGAGCCAGGGCCAAGCACAGGGCGCUCACCAGCAGGUGAUGCGAGUGAGCUCGGAACAGUACAACCAGUCUUCUAUACGUAGAGGUUCAGAUCAGUGUGGCUCAUCUAUGGGUCGCCCCGUGCAACCCGCAUCGCUCGCACAGCGAGGUGGUAGCUUUAAGGGCAUACCACGUGUACUGAAUAGUAGAGGCGAGGAUUCGACCGAGAAUGGGUCUUCUUUACCCGGAAGCAAAGGUUUGCAAAGCAAAAGCAGUGAGUUUUCGAGUUCAUACUCACGCGUACAAUGUUCGGGGAGGCAAACACCGUUCGGACCUCGAGAACGUGAGGGGUUGAGUGGAAACGGUGCAAGCUAUCUGGGCGCCCCUCCGUCGUGGGACAAUCAUGGUUCAGGCACUAAUUCAGAUCAGAACCAGCCCAACGGGGAAGGGAACACUGAGUCUCAUCACUCUCAAGACCCAACAUCUCACCGAGAUACGGUGGAAACUAAGCGACUGUCAGACGAAGGACGCUCUUACAGCGGUGUGUACUCUGGGACUACUCAUGCCAUUACGCGAGAGCAUCCUUACAAGUUUGUGACCACGGCCAGUACGGGUAUUGCGAAUAGAGAGAAUGGGAGUGUCGAUAGCUCGCCGGGUAGGCUUAGGCUGAGACACCACAACCACUCGUUCACUGACAUGAAGAGUGCUAUGUCACCACAGAACCUCAAUGCACUUCCAGUUAUAGACAAGUCACCUCACGCCAGAUCGCCGUCGUCUCCUAACAUACACAGUGCUUAUCCGAGGUCCAUCUCGCAUGGCAAGUUGUCGUCCAAUCAAAGCGAUCACAGCGAUAGGAGCGGCACGGAAAUCAGUACUACAACAGCGGGCGAGAGAGCUGGAGUCACAUCACCUGUUCGAGGGGAUCUGAGAGUGACUCAAUCGGAGAUGGGUGGUAGCGCUCAGGGGCGCAGUCUCGCUAUUCACCCACUUUCGAAUUCUCACGAUUCCAUUGGAAGGAUGAGUUCUAACUCCGCUGGUAACAGCUCUUUCGGAGAGUACCAGGCAACCAGGACCAAUGCACGACCAUUCGAUGUCACCAACUUGCUGGCUUAAUCAUUUUCGAAGCAGACAGUUGUAUCUUUGCCGCGAGAAUUCAAUCGGUCGGUGAAUACUAAAUCAUGAAAUAAAUCACUUAGCCCGACGGGUCAAUAGCACAUUCUUCGUGAACUGGAUAAUAUACUAUGCACAUCGCAAGGACGAUGGCAUAUGCUUUGAUUGCUGGAUUGUUAUCUCAUUGAUGUAUUCGGGAAUGACCUUUUCAACAUGCUCUGCACUAAGAGGAAAAGCUAGUAGGUAGAACAAAUCGUAGACUUCGAGUGCCACAUUAAUAAGCAACCGAACACGGAGAAUUCGUGUUUCAAUCCAAUAAAUUGCAAAUAGCAUGGUGA